UUUGCGUGGGUGUAGCAUGAUUGCGAGAGGAAGUAGUAAAAUUAAAAUAGCCUUUAAAUAAAAACAAAGUAAAAUAAUAACAAUAAUAAACAGCAUCUGAUUUGUUCGCAGUGCGUUCCAGCGUCCUCUCGGACGUUUAAAAUAUCUCUACGUGUUUCCGGUGUCGUGGCGAUCACACACAGAACAAUUUUACUUGUCAGUCAGUAAACCAUCUGAUAAACGACACAAACAUGAUUUCGUUAACGGACUCACAGAAGAUCGGCAUGGGGCUGACGGGCUUCGGCGUGUUUUUCCUAUUCUUUGGGAUGAUUCUGUUCUUUGAUAAAGCGCUCUUGGCCAUAGGAAAUAUCUUGUUCGUCGCGGGUCUCUCGUUUGUUAUCGGACUGGAACGGACGUUUAGGUUCUUCUUCCAGCGGCAUAAAAUCAAAGCCACCGGUUUCUUUCUGGGUGGUGUUUUCGUGGUGCUCAUCGGAUGGCCGAUUGUAGGUGUCGUCCUGGAAGUCUAUGGAUUUUUCCUCCUUUUCCGGGGCUUUUUCCCAGUUGCGGUUGGCUUUAUACGGCGGGUGCCUAUUCUUGGAUCUUUACUAAACCUCCCUGGCAUCAGAGGGUUAGUGGAUAAAGUGGGCGAGAGCAACACCAUGGUAUAACAGUCAACGGUUUAGUACUUGCUUUUAGUUUUCUAUGAGUGGCCAACCUUUCUU